UUUGUUUUCAUCAAGUCAACUUGAAACGUAUUCCUCGACUUUUUUCUUUACCUCAAUACUCUCAAUACUUCAAAUAAAAAGGAACAAUAAUGACGGAAAAAGAAAAUCAUCAACUUGAAACAACGGAUUUGAAAUAUGAAGAGUUUUAUUGUUGUUACCUUUUACGUUCACUUUCUCCUAAAUAUAAACAAACCAGUUAUAUAGGAAGUACUAAUGAUCCAAAAAGACGUUUACGACAACAUAAUGGGGAAAUAGCAUCAGGAGCGAAAAAAACUUCAAAUAAAAGACCAUGGGAAAUGAUACUUUUCGUUUAUGGAUUUCCUAAUCAUGUAGCAGCAUUACAAUUUGAAUGGAGUUGGCAAAAUCCUUCAAUAACUCGUAGAUUACAAUUAAAAAAUCGUGAAGAAUUUAAAGAAAAUGAUGAUAAAUUAUCAACAUCACUUUUAGCAUUAUCAAAAAUGUUAAAAGAUAAAUUUUGGUCAAGAUGGCCAUUACAUUUACAUAUUUUAAUACCAAUUGAAUCUAUUAUAUUACGACAAAAUAAAUCUUUAAAAAUCAAUGCUACGAAUUUUUUUGAUAUUAAAAAUUUAUCAAAAAAUAUUAGGAUAACAAAUGAAAAUAUUGAUUUUAAUAAUCAUAAAAAUUAUUUAAAUUGUUUAAAUAUGGAAUGUAAUAUGUCAUAUCAUAUUACUUGUCUUGCAAAAAAAUUCACGAAAUUGGAAGCAUUAGAAAAUUCAACUUUUGAUAAUCCUUAUAAUGAAUUAUAUGAAGAAAUUUUACCUAUUAAUGGAAAAUGUCCUAAUUGUCAAAUAUUUUUAUUAUGGGGGGAUUUGAUUUUAUCUAUGAUGAUUAGAGAAAAAUAUGUUCAAAAUGAUCUUAUAUUGGAUGAAUAAUUUAUAUAAUUUUAUCAAAAAAAAAAAAA